CUCGGAUCAAAUUUUUGCGCUAAGUGGUGAGCACAAGCUCGUUCCUUACCUUAAUAACUGGACAACUCGAGCUAAUAGACAUGUCAUACGGGUACGGCGGCGGUGGUGGUGGCUACGGUGGUGGCGGAGGUUCUUUUCCUUUUUCACGCAACAUCCAUUGAACCUACCACUCUUUGCUGCACACCUCAUCCCUCGAUUGGCUUUGAUCGCGCCAUGUCGGCUUACAUCGACAACCAAUGAUGGACAUCUCGCAACUCAAUCGAUCACUUGACAACCUGAAGGGCUAUGGCGUAUCAGCUGGUGGCUACGGCGGCGCAGGCGGCUACGGAGGUGGUGGCGGCGGCUACGGCGGCGGUGGCUAUGGCGGCGGCGGUGGUGGCUUCGGCGGCGACUCUAUGUCCAAUCUUGGCUCGGGCCUCAACAAGCCAAAUUGGCAGACGCAGGCACUGACCAAAUUCGAAAAGAACUUUUACGUUGAAGAUCGCCGCGUGUCGGCUCGCUCAGAGCGUGAUGUCGACGCUUUCCGCGCUGCCAAAGAGAUCCAAGUCUUUGGCCGUGGCAUCCCGAAGCCAGUCGAAAGCUUCAGCGAAGCCGGCUUCCCAGACUACAUUCUCUCCGAGAUCAAGAAGGCAAACUUCCCUGCUCCUUCGCCCAUUCAGUCUCAGGCCUGGCCAAUGGCGCUUUCGGGUCGCGAUCUCGUCGCAGUCUCUGCCACCGGUUCCGGCAAGACCAUCGCAUUCUCUCUGCCUGCUAUGAUCCACAUCAACGCUCAGCCCCUGCUCGCGCCUGGUGACGGUCCCAUUGUACUCAUUCUUUCGCCCACAAGAGAGCUGGCUGUCCAGACUGCUGCAGAGUGCACCCGAUUCGGUGCCUCGUCCAAGAUCCGCAACACUUGCGUCUACGGUGGUGCGCCCAAAGGCGGUCAGAUCAGAGACCUCCAGCGCGGCGCAGAGAUUGUCAUCGCCACACCUGGUCGUCUCAUCGACAUGCUCGAGAGCGGCAAGACGAACUUGCUCAGAGUCACUUACCUCGUCAUGGACGAAGCCGAUCGCAUGCUUGACAUGGGUUUCGAGCCUCAGAUUCGCAAGAUCGUCGAUCAGAUCAGACCUGAUCGUCAGACGCUCAUGUUCUCUGCUACUUGGCCAAAGGAAGUCCAGAAGCUCGCAUCGGAGUACUUGCGCGACUUUGCACAGGUCAACGUAGGCUCGCUCGAGCUCUCGGCGAACGUCAAUAUCCUGCAGAUCGUAGAAGUCUGCUCUGAUUACGAGAAACGUGGAAAGCUCAUCAAGCAUCUCGAAAAGAUUUCUGCAGAAAACGCAAAGGUGCUCAUAUUCAUCGGCACAAAGCGCGUCGCCGACGACCUUACGAAAUAUCUUCGACAAGACGGCUGGCCUGCACUGGCCAUCCACGGCGACAAGCAGCAGCAAGAGCGUGAUUGGGUUCUCGCUGAGUUCAAGAGUGGUCGUUCACCCAUCAUGAUCGCAACAGACGUUGCUUCUCGUGGUCUAGGUAAGCUUCGUUCUACGCUGACUUCCACACUUUGCGCCCUAGCAGCGCUCACUCAGCAUCGGCUUGGGCUUUGCACGGUCGAUGCGGCACGUGUGAACAAGUUGCGCGCAAGACAUGCGCGAGAUCGACGAUCAGCCAGUGCGAUGCGCUUCGGUCUUUGUUGAUCAUCCUAGUUCAGCCUCUCUCACGACUCAGAUGCGAUCUCCCAGCGGCCCGGGCCUGUCAUGGCUGACGUGUUUUGUGCCUCGCAAGGUCAAAGAAGCAAAGCUCGGUCGACAAGCGCUGUGCUAAACGGAUUCGACGGGCCCUCCUUGACGUGCUCAAACUUUUGAUGCUCGCUCAGUCAUCAGCAUCGGCGGUCUCUCCCCCAGAGCUGCCCGUGUUGCCCGUGUCUCACGCACAGUCGCUUCGUCUUUGAUCCGAGCUCGUCAUCCGGGAGAUCCAUCCGAGU